CAAGCCUGCUGAGCCAAUCGGCAAGGAGCAGCGAGUGGGCAGGCUGUGGCUGUGCUACCCAGCGGAGCCGCGCAGCAUGGCGGGGGGUCCCCGGGAGGUGCUCACUUUGCAGUUGGGACAUUUUGCGGGUUUCGUGGGAGCGCACUGGUGGAACCAGCAGGAUGCUGCGCUGUGCAGGCCGACCGAUGCCAAAGAACCGCCGGGAGAGCUGUGCCCCGACGUCCUGUACCGGACCGGCCGGACGUUACACGGCCAAGAGACUUACACGCCGAGACUCAUACUCAUGGAUCUGAAGGGUAGUCUGAGCUCCCUAAAACAAGAAGGUGGACUCUACAAGGACAAGCAGCUAGAUGCUGCAAUAGCAUGGCAAGGGAAGCUCACCACACACAAAGAGGAAAUCUAUCCCAAGAACCCUUAUCUCCAGGACCUCCUGAGUGCAGAGGGAGUGCUGAAUAGUGAUGGUAUCUGGAGGGUCAAAUCCAUUCCCAAUGGCAAAGGUCCCCCACCAUUCACCACCGCUACAACUCCAAAACCAGUUAUCCCCACAGAGGGCAGCAUCAGAGUCUGGUCAGACUUUCUCAGAGUCCAUCUCCAUCCCCGGAGCAUCUGUAUGAUUCAGAAGUACAACCAUGAUGGGGAAGCAGGUCGCCUGGAGGCUUUUGGCCAAGGGGAGAGUAUCCUGAAGGAACCCAAGUACCUGGAAGAGCUGGAGGACAGGCUGCACUUCUACGUGGAGGAAUGCGACUACCUGCAGGGCUUCCAGAUCCUGUGUGACCUGCACAAUGGCUUCUCUGGGGUAGGCGCCAAGGCCGCAGAGUUGCUACAAGACGAGUAUUCAGGGCGGGGAAUAAUAACCUGGGGCCUGCUCCCUGGUCCGUACUGCCUCGGGGAGCCCCAGAAAAACAUCUACCGUCUGCUAAACACAGCUUUCGGUCUGGUGCACCUGUCUGCUCACAGCUCUCUGGUCUGCCCCUUAUCCUUGGGUGGGAGCCUGGGGCUGCAACCUGAGCCACCUGUCAACUUCCCUCACCUGCAAUAUGAUGCCGCUCUGCCCUUCCACUGUGGCGCCAUCCUGGCUACAGCCCUGGACACAAUCACUGUUCCUUAUCGCCUAUGCUCCUCACCAGUUUCCAUGGUUCAUCUGGCUGAUAUGCUGAACUUCUCUGGGAAAAAGGUGGUCACAGCAGGAGCAACCAUCCCCUUCCCCUUAGUUCCAAGCCAGUCCCUCCCUGAUACGCUGAUGCAGCUUGGAGAGGCCACCCCAUGGACCCCACUGUCUGCAUGUGGGGACCCUUCUGGAACGUGCUGCUUUGCCCAGUCCGUGGUGCUGAGGGGUCUAGACAGAGCAUGCCACACCAGUCAGCUCACCCCAGGGACACCCCUGCCCUCCCCCCUCCAUGCGUGCACCACCGGGGAAGAAGUCUUGGCCCAGUACUUGCAGCAGCAGCAGCAGCCUCGAGUCAGGAGCUCUUCUCAUCUGCUGCUGACUCCCUGUAAGGUGGUUCCUCCUUACCCCUACCUCUUCUCCUCAAGCCUCAGCCAGCAGGGUUUGGUUCUGGAUGGUCCCCCAACAGGGGCAGGGUUCCCGUUUCCCUCCCUCCGCAGCAGUGGAGAGCAUCCCAGUGCUCGGGGCCCUCUGCUCCUCUUCAUCCUUGAACCGGACCCUGGGAGAUUUGGCCAAAGAUCUCGCCAGACUCGACCUGCGGCGCUGGGCCAGCUUCAUGGACGCUGGAGUAGAACAGGAUGACCUAGAGGAGACGCUGCAGGAGCUACGCAGCCUGGCCCAGUGCUACCAGAGUGGCGACAGCCUCAUGGACUAAAGCUCUAAGAAAAGGAAAGAGCUAGUUUACAAUAAAAACUGCUGGAUGCAGGAGCUCAGUGUCUUUGGACUGGCUACACCAGCAUACGCAUUUAUCACAUUCAGAAACACUGUGAUCAGAUCACACGACAAUAAAUAUGUACCACCAGACAAAAGAGAAAAGAAAAAACACACAGAAAAGGAACUGGGCUGCACUCUCCCUCAAUGUUCUUUACAACGUAGAUUUCUAAGGUCUUCAUAAAAGACACACAGGAUGGCAGGGCCAUCCAACCCCCAGCCUGCCAUUGUCCUUGUCCCUGGCCCCCUGCUCCGCCAGCUCCUCACACUGAGCUCAAGGGUUUUACAAGCAAAGUACAGCCAGCCUUCCCCCGAUCAGGGUGCCUGUUGGAUUCGAUCCUGUGCAGAUGACACCCUCACGCUCCCAGGGUCUCACUCAUCCAGCUCUUCCUCAGACAGAAGGUCCCCGUGGUCAGACAGCUGGUCUGUAUUGCUGGUACUGGUCGCAUCGUCCUCAUCCUCGGAGCUGGCCUCGCAGGCUGUGUGGAAAAGCUGCAUGAGUUCUCGAAAACGAUGGGAAACCUAGAAGGAGAGGAGGAGGCUUGCGUUCACCUUUCUGAAGUUAGUAACAUUUUAACAUUUACUAAGCACUAUAUACCAACUUGAACAGUCUUGUUUGUUCUACACAGUAAGGCGGUGAGGGCUGUGCCCUCCUUACAGAUAAGGAAGCUCGGGUUAAAAGGCUAAACAUUUUGCCCAAAGUCACAUUCCUUCUAAAAACAAAACUAGAAUGCAGUCCCUGGGGCUUCUACCUCAAAAUUCAAUGCCCUCUCUCUUCUAGAGCUACGACUAACCACGCUGACAAGCCAAGGUUUUCCUCAGGGCAGACCUUUAUAAUCACCAAUCACCUCUGAGUUGGCCAACCUGUCCUCUUCCUUUCCUUGGUUCCUCUGGAGCUUGAAGCUCUAGCAGAGUUUCCCCUACUUACCUCAGUAGGGGUCUUAUUUCCCAGCUGCUGGGAGAUGAUGCUAAAAGUCUGCGGCUGUGCUCCUUGCUCCUGGCACAUGGUCAGAAUCACACGGUCAGCUUCCCUGGAAUCCACAUAAGGCAAUUAAUCUAAACCAGUAACAUGGGUGUGCUCCAUGCACUUCCUAAACACGCUCACACAUCCAUCCCCACCUACCUUGUCCACAGGACAACCUUUUCCCCCGUGGAGCUGACCUUGCUGUUGUUGGCACACACUGUAGCUUCUGUGGCCUUCGUCUGUGUCUCCCCCACUGGACCCUUUCCCUGUAUUCCACUGUCUUUAGCCAAACCUCCUCUAGGGGCUUUGGGAGAAGUCUCUGAGGUGUCAGUACCUAAUGAAGAAGAUCCAUGGACAGGAGACACCCCGUCCGCUGUCACCCCAGCUCUACUGGAAGGCAGCCAGCUCUCCUGAGUAUCUGGUUUCCCAGACACCUGUCUUCCCCCUAAGUCUGCGGUCCUUGAGGAAACAGGACUCGGGAAGGAAGCAGGGGGUUCAACGGUUCCGGGCAAUUUCUCAGUUUCUGAAGCAUUCCAGACCAGCAUGGAAGCCUGUGACUCAUGCCCUGGCUUAUGGCCCUCGCCCUCAUCCUGAAGUCUGGGGGAUGCCCUGGGGCAGGAGAGAACCUCAGGCCCAGCCUGGUUACUCCUAACAGCGCACAGCACAGUUCCAGUUUUGGAGGGAAGCUGAGGAGUCUCUGGUGAGCAGGGCGGUGGGCCAUCGAGGAGGAGCUGGUCUGUAAAAGUCACUUCUUGAGGAGACAGCAAAGUGCUCCCUGCUGCCAAUCCUGUUUAGGAGGAAAAUAAGGAUCUAAGGGUAUGGACAGUGUAACAAUGCAUCUAAGGACACAAAUUACCACGGGGUCACUCUGGCAAGCUACCGUGAUAAAGUUCUAAGGUCCAAGAGUGAGGUGAGGGUGGGGGCUAGGGUCACUUAUAUAAAGAUAUGAAGUCCGACUGCCAAAGCUGAGAAUGGCUGAGGCUUUAGGAAUGCAGACCACAGAGGAUAUGGAGACAAGGGGAAGGGGUUCAGGAAUGGGAACACAAGAAGAAAAUGCUGGGACUUCCUGGUGGCGCAGUGGUUAAGAAUCCGCCCGCCAAUGCAGGGGAGACGGGUUCAAGCCCUGGCCCAGGAAGAUCUCACAUGCCGCAGAGCAACUAAGCCCGUGAGCCACAGCUACUGAGCCUGCGCUCUAGAGCCCACGAGCCACAACUACUGAAGCCCGUGUGCCUAGAGCCCGUGCUCCGCAACAAGAGAAGCCACCGCAAUGAGACGCCUGCGCACUGCAAGGAAGAGUAGCCCCACUCGCGUAACUAGAGAAAGCCCGUGCGCAGCAACAAAAACCCAACACAGCCAAAAAUAAAUAAAUUUAUAUUUAAAAAAAAAAAGAAAAUGCUGGAUUGUGUCGAUUUGUAGCACUCUUAUUUCUGCAAGAGGAUUGAGGCCACAGGAAAGAAAAUUAAGGCUGGACAGUAAGGAUUUCCUACUGGUUUAUUAGUAAAAGAGGUGGUAGUCC